CCGCCCAUCAUGCAAGUCGAUGAACCAGAAGAACCACUUACUAUGCGCCGUUCACGCAGGAGUACAGCUGGUAAUCGCAUGCAGGCUGCAAUGGCAGAAAUGGCUCUAGAAGAGGUCAAGGACGAAGAAGAUGCUGAUUUUACCAACGACAACGACGAGGAAGAUAUAUUCGACGACGAUUUCGAAAGCACGGCAUCAGAAGCUGAAUCAGCACCAGACAUUAAAGACGAAGAGAAAAGGACACGCAGGGCAACUCGGACUCGCUGGGAAAGGGCUGCCAAUGCCGCUCAUGCUCGGAAUAAAGCAACCUUCCAGCCAGAACACAAAGCAUCACCCCCAAGCUCACCGCCCAAGACUAGACAGACUAGACGAGGCGUCUCAAUAUCAGAGCCAGCUACAGAAAACAAGAACCGCCAAAGCAAGCGCAAACAUACAGUCCUCAGUCGAACCCUAACGGAAUCCCGACUGAAGCAAUCGGAGGAGCAGCGUAAAGCCGCACAACAGGCCAAAAAGCCUCGCCAGCAGGCUCGCAUGAUCACCCAAGCAGAACUGAUUGCCCGUGCCCUCGAUGCAGAAGAAGGAAAUAUCAUUGAACAUCGAGACUAUCUCAAAGACGAAGAAGAGAAACGGCAACGGGCUCGUGUUGUCCGACAGGUUGUUAAAGGUCCUCUUGUCCGAUGGCUUAGUCGCACCGAAGACGUACAAACUCUGGUCAAUCCAUAUGCACCUCUCCCACAUAGCUCAACAUCAAUACCUCCGGUACCUACUGUUGUUCACGUGCAAAAAUCAUCCCGAAACUAUGUUGUGCACGAACAAACUCAACAACCUGGCUCACCACCACCUACAAAUAAUCGCAAUGCUGACACUCACAAUAAACCAAGCUGGGGCUCAACUAUGACGGCGAUGUUUGGAGCACACGUGAACUGGGAGGAAAUGCAAGUGUAUUCAGGAACUGAUCGCCCUCUCACUCGACCCACCCCAACCUGUCCAAUAACUGGCCGCCUAGCUCGUUACUGUGAUCCUCAAACAGGUGUCCCAUUUGCCGAUUUGGAAGCCUACCAAAGCCUGCAGCGUGUUCUCAACCACGAAUUUAUAUGGAACUCUUCUCUUGGAGCGUAUGUGGGUCAUGGAGCAUUCAGUAGACGUUGA